UUCUGACGUUUACCCGCGCAAAUACUGUUACGAUAUUACGUUGACAGUUGUUUAAAAAGCAAGGAUGUUUAGUUUUUUUUUUUAAGAAAUACAAAUUCUUAAUUUGACAAACAUGUGAUGCGGGUAUCGUGCAAUUAUUUAUGAACUGUUAUUUAAUUGUGAUGUGAAAAGUGCUGUGUUUAUUGAUUUAAAGAUUUGAACAAUUCCUUCCUACAUAUAUAACUUAUAUAAAAGAUGUCAAGCUACGGAAGUACUACGCCACCAGACGAUGGGUUUGACAGAUACGAAACGCCUUACUACUGCCCCCAAACACAUCAAGGAAGUCCAAUGGAUGGAGGCGUCUAUUGGCCCGGCUCCAAUGAAGUACACGAAUUCGAUUCUCAGGAUAUUUAUCACGAUACGAAUAAUUAUAUUGGAAGAAAUUAUGGUUAUGAAGACAUGCAAAUGGCGAACGAGCCUUAUGACUUCCAUCACAACAUAAUUCAUCAUAAUUAUUCACAAACUAAUGCAGGUCUCGAAUGCGACAUGCAAUCCAUCCCCCGCUACGACAGAGCGCCACCCUCUUUUGUGCGCGUGGUUAAGCGUAGAACAACUGCUAACAAGAAGGAGAGAAGACGAACACAGAGCAUAAACACUGCGUUCACGGAUUUACGGGAGUGUAUACCAAACGUUCCUCCAGAUACUAAACUAUCCAAGAAAGAAAGACGGCGGACUGAAAGCAUAAAUACAGCAUUUACAGAACUCAGAGAUCGUAUUCCUAACGUACCGCCUGAUACCAAAUUAUCCAAGAUAAAAACGCUCCGACUAGCGACGUCAUACAUAUCGUAUUUGCUGAAAGUGCUGGAGAGCGACGGAGAGCCGGCUGGAGGGUUUAGGGCUGAGCUGCAUCACACGCCGCCAAGACGGCGAGCCGUUGAUCAUAGUCAGAAUGCAACAGACAAAAAGGGCAAGGGGCGAACCGGGUGGCCGCAACAUGUAUGGGCGUUGGAGUUGAAAAGCGAACAAAAUUUGCAGAGCUAAAAAAAU